AUGACGGACAGCGGAUCAACGGCAGCGGCCACUGCCAACGGUGGCAGCAACAACCACAACAGCAUUGCGAACAACGGCGCUGUAGAGCCUCUCGACCGUAAGAAGGAGAUGGCCGAGUACGAGGCCGAAAAGAAGAUCAUCAAGGAUGCCAUCGCCAAGCGGGCCAAGAUCCUGGCCGAGCUGUCGCAUCUCGAGACCAAGAUUGCCGACCUCGAGGGCCGCUACCUCGAGAGCACCCCCGGCGGCAAUAUCCUGACGGGCUUUGACAACUACACGAAAGGCCUCACGGGCGCCGCAGCCCAGAGGAGGAAGGUCGGAACCGCUGAGCAGAACCGCGUCUUCUCGAGGAGCUCUGUCUCCUACAAUGCUUUGAAUCAAGAAGCACCCACGCCAGCCUCGGGCACCUCGACGCCUGGUGUGCCCACGCCAAUAUCUACAUCGUUUGCCAACAAGGACAAGGGCGGCCCGUCAGACGCGCCCACGCCGAGCUCUGCCACGGACAACAAGAAGGCGGCGGGCGGCAACAAGAAGAAGAAGGACAAGGCCGCGGCGGCAGAAGAUAGCGAGACGGACUCGAAGGCGGAUAGCAAGAAGGCUCGUACGCACUUUGGGGCCAACGCCCGCAAGUAA